AUGCCUACGUGUUCGCAAUGCUCUAAGUCCAUUAUCAAAUCCAGUACGACGCCGCGGGGCAAGACAGCCAGUAAGUCGAGGAAAUCGUCGUCGAGAAGUACGAAACCAACGAAAAUGGUCUUAAGAUCGGCAACGAAUCGUUUGCCACCUAGAAAAGAUGAAUUCGCAUGCAUCUGUUGUCGUGAAGCUCCAGUUCCGAGGCAAACUCGCAGGAAAGCUGCACGCAAGCCGACCGUCAGCACCACUACCUCGACGCAGACGAAAGCGGAGGUUUUGAGGACCGCUAAAAGGCGUCAGUCGCUCAAUCCCGACCCUCCUACGAGCACUCCAAAAUCGUCGUUGCGUCCAGAAGCAGCAUGGAAUGUGGUGAAGAAGCGUUGGGCGAGUCGCCUUGGCGAUCUGGAUGAUCCCGAAUUUCAUUUGCCGAGGCGCAAUCGCACCCCGGAUACAUUUUCCUCUGAUUCCUAA